AUGCGGCCAACAUUGUUCACAGCGCUACUGAGCCUUGUUGCAUGUUCGGUUUCGACCAAUCCGCCAACUUCCGUCUUAGAACUAAACGAUAAAUUUUUGGAAGUCAAAAACAACGGGUUUUGGUUUGUUGAGGUAAGAAAAAGCCCAUUCUUUCAAGGUAUUCGAAAACAUUUUAGUUCUACGCACCUUGGUGUGCUCAUUGCAAAAGGCUGCAUCCCACUUGGGAUCAAUUAGGCCACGCUAUCAACGAUAAAAACUUGCCGAUAAGGUAAAUUAUAAAAGAUCAUUCUGAGAAAAACCUUCUAUUUCACAGAGUAGCAAAGUUGGACUGUACCCGUUUUCCGGCGGUCGCCAACGCCUUGUCGAUAAAUGGAUUCCCAACGAUUGCUUUGUUAGUUUGAAAAUAUUUUUUGAGCUUUGAUGAUUUAAAAAGUUCAGCUUUCGAAACGGGAGGAGGAUUGCUUAUCACGGAGCUAGGGAAAAAGAAGCUUUGUACAACUUUGCGCUGAAAUGCGCCGCUCCGAUCGUAGAAUCGGUCGAUUUGAAGCGAAUUGAGAAGGUAGUUAUCUUCGAGUUGUUUCAAUUGUUUUUCUGUGUAAAUCUUGUUCAGAAAAUUGAGCUGUUUCGAGGAUAAUUUUAUAAAGCUGUCAAUGAGAAGAGAGUUAUAUGAUUAUUUCCUGUCAGGCAAAACUUCCUAACAGCCCUGACCAGGGAACGUUUUCCUUUAGAACUCCCUGGUGCCAGAACAAGAAAAAAGUUUCUCGCAAUAGGUCUUGUUUCCGAGUUAUGGAGCUUCAAGGACCGCAAAUUACGCAAAAUAUGACAAAAAAGCGCUAUUUCGGGCUUUUGAAGUGUCCUAACUCGAAAACGAGAUCUAUUUCGAGAAAUUUUCUUUCUGUUUAUGUUAUGGAAUCAGGAGGUCCUAAAGUAAACUUCAGCAAAGUUUCAGCAAAAGUUUAACCGGGGGGUAGAAAACGUUCCUUAGUGAGAGGAGUUUUGAAAGUAAGUGCUUUCAAAAUUAAGAAUUUCAAAAUUGUAUCUUUUUCCGCUCAUUUUUCGUAAUUUUUCUUCAUCACUUUCAUUAAGAUCCGCCUCGACUCCCGUUCCGAUCCAUCCUUUGUGUUCUACGGGAAUGGUGAAGAAGACCAAUUAUAUAAAUUAUAUUCUUCUAUAGCCGAUGAAUUCUUCUCGCUCGUGAGUAUAAUUUCUGAUUUUUUUAGAAUUUAAAUUUGAUACUUGUACAAGUUUUAAUGUUUGCUUAACCUCGCUGAAAGUUCUGAGAACAUGAUUUUUUGCAGGAGCUUCUUUUUUUUGUUUCAGAGCAUUCUUAUGGGGUUCUGUUCUAGAAAAAAUUGUGAGAAGUAACAUUUGCAUUUUACAUGAGUUUUAUAUUAUUUAGCUUUAGAGCAUCUUUCUGGGGUGUUAUCUAGGGAAAAGAGUCGUAAACUCAAUUUUUACCGGUGUAGUUCGAAGAUCCAAAAAACCUCUUGGAGUUAAAAAUGCUGUAUUUUCAGACAAGAUUCUAUUCAGUCGCUGAGAAAGAACUGAAAGAGGAGAAUCAGUCACGGGGCGGUCGGAUCUCGGUCUUGAAAGAUAAUCUUGAAGAUUUCUAUCACGGGGACCGCGGUAAUAAUUUAUUUUUCAAAUAAGUCGCUCAAUUUAGUAUUGAUUUCUUCUCUAAUAUUCAAUCGAGCUGUUGAAAUUUCAGAACACCUGGAAGAGUGGAUCAAAAAAGAGAGAUAUCCGUCCUUUGUCGCCGCCUCGCCCGGAAAUCUCGUCGAGCUUGGGACUUCGGGAAAAUUAGUCGUUUUGGUCGUUUCUAGCAAGGUUCGAAUAUUCAAAAACACCAGGAUAAUUGAAACUUUCUGUUCCGAUAUUAAGAAAAUCGAUUUUUUUUCAAAUAGUUUCAUCGAGAAGUUCACCUUCUUUUUCCAAGGUUUUUAUUUCAAGAUCGAACGAUUCAACCAAACGAAUCCAAUCGGCCAAUUCCACUCAAUGAUCACAGAGGCCAUUGAAUUGGUCCGAAAACAGAAGAAUAUUUGGGAUCGGUGGGUUUUUUGAGCUUGCGACCCAUUUCGCGCCACGCUUUUUUUCUGCCAAAAAGACCGCUUAUACCAAAUUUGAUUUCACUUCGUUUCAAGACCUUGGUUUUUGCUCUCUUUUUUGUAGUUUUUUUUUUGAGAAAAACGUGCAAAAACAGCUUUGUGUACGGUAGUUUUUUUUUUCCUGUUCUUUCAAAGCGUGACCGUCUUGCGCGGAAUACAGUAUACUUUUUUGAUUAUUAAAAAAUAAAUCUUUCUAAUAAAUAAGCUGAAUCUCAAAAGUAUUUCUUUCAGUUAUCAAUUUGCUUGGCUUGAUGGGCCUGACCUCGCCAGCACUAUCCAAAUGUCAUCCGUUGAUGAACCUUGUUGGUUUCAUUUUUUCUUGCUUUCGGGGAGGAUACUUCAGGGGGAGAAAAUGAAAUUAGUUCAAAGAGAAAAUUUGAAGUAAUUUGAAUGAAAAGAGUUCAAUUUUUCGCAAUUUCCAAAAGUUUUGUUGUCUCCUAAGAUCAGAACUGUUCAAAAUGCAUUAAAUCAUUCUCACAUUCAAAUUUGGCCUUCUUAAUUGUAGUUUUCAAUCGAAACUGCUCAAGAAAUUGUUUAUUGGCGAUCAUCAACCUAACUUUUAAUUUAAAGUCUAAUUUUUUUGGUAAGUUUUUACGAGGUCUGAUAAAAAUUUUUUUCAAAUCAGUUUUUAACUUAACAACUCUCACACGGAUAGGAAAAUGUACGAUAUGUCGACUAAACGCAAAAAAUAUUUUUUUAAAGCUGUUGAGCGAAUGGAGUCCUAAAGUAUCUGUAUACGAAGUUCCAUGAAUUUCUCAAAUUACUACUUUUUCCGGAGUUGGAAUUAUCAUUUUCCAGCCUUUUUCGUGUUUAACUACACGACCUAUGAGUACUACCUGAGCAACGACGAAACGUCGAAAAUGACGAGUCGUUCGGUGGCGACUUUCCUUGAUGAAUUGGCCGGGGCGAUCGACAAGGGAACCGCUGUGCCUUACGGAGGUAAUUAAUGGAAUUAUGAACAAAAAAAAACUGUCGAAAAUUGUUCCCAAAGUUUCUAAAUGAGGAUCUCACAAGGGAGGUCAUUUUACUUUGCUUUUCAAUUGGGAUUCCCCUUAAAUUUGGCCUGGACACUCCUCGAUGUGCCAAAAGAAGACUUUGAAUGUUUCAACUUGCACAACUUCCAAGUUUUCGAGGAAGAACACCGGCAUAGUCGAAGAAAACUCUCGAAGUUUGUCAAAAUAGGUUAGGUUGAGCCCAUUUCUCAAAAAAUGGAAAAUUGUGCGGGUUGACUUUCAGGAACUUCUUCUGGUACAUGAAUCGGCUGUCGAAAUAAAACUUCUGGUUGUAAGGCUCUGGAAGGUACUUUCGAACUAGAUAUGAAUAAAGAUUGGAAAAAAAGAAGUGUACACUUUUCAGGAAGAGCCUGGCCGACGAGGAUCCGAAGAAUGGCCUUUGAGUUGUACUGGAACAUUGCCCAAAUGUUCGCCACUCAGCCUCUUUUGUCUUCUUGUCUUUUCGGAGUCCCGAUCGCCUUCCUCAGCAUCAUUUGCUACAGGUUUUAGAGUUCCUUCCUUCAUCUGUUGAUUUUAUUGUUCAGCAUUUGUUCUGCCGAUUUUACCGUUGAUAGGGAUGAAUUCUUCCCCGAAGACGAAGAGGAAGAAGAACUUUUGGAUGAACAGGUAUUAUCGAAAUGGAACAAAAAAUCAGAAUAACAAUAAAAACAGUCAAAGUUCAUAGAAAAAAAAGGCAAUUUUAGGAGAGAGCCGAAUCCGAAAUGGACGACGAUGAUCAUGAGAAGGCUGAUUAA